CUCGCUUUUCCGCUUCCCUGUCGCGUCGCAAGUUAUCGCGAGAAAUCCAGAGAAGGGAGAGAGAGGUGUAGUUGCUGUGGCCGAGGAGAGUCGCUGAGCUCGGCCGGAAGAAGCAGCACAGAGCCAGUAAAGGGGCCCCAGCUCUGAGCCGCCCUCCCUGCACACCUCUCCCACCCCCCACUCUCAGUCUGAAAGCCAUCCGGGCGACCUGGAUACCCGAACACCGUGAGCUCGCCCUCCCAUCAUCCCAUCCCCCAACUGGGUGAGAGCUCCGCCAUCAGCCCCUCUGGGUGGGGAAGGAAGCCAUAGGGGGGUCUGAUUGUCUCACACUACGGCCAUGAUCCAGACCUCGACUGGCUAAUCGGUAUCGGUAAGGGCUGCCGCAUCGAUUAUCGCCAUCAGCAUAACCGGGGCAGGGGGGAGGUGGUGGUGGUUAAUCAGGGGUGGGGGAUGGGGUGUAUUUACCUCCUCUCUCUGUCCAUGGCUCAUCUGACAUUUCUAACACUCAGUAAUAUCACAUCUCGCUUAUUCACUAAACUGCGAGUUGGAUGGCCGUGUCCUAAAAUUGGGGCAGAAAUAGCUGAAGUGGACAAUUUCUAGCACUCCAGUAAAGAGAGAGAGAGAGAUUGGAUAACUUUUAUAACCUGAGUUUUUGUUUUUUUUAAAUUAUUUAUUUUUUUGUUGUCACAUUUGUUUUUAAAUUCUAUAGUGAAGGUUUAGUGAAUAAGCUAUAUAUAUAUAUAUAUAUAUAUAUAUGUGUGUGUGUGUGUGUGUGUUUGGUUUGUGUUUUUUUUAACCUUUUUAUUGGGUUUCUCUGCUGCUCUUGUUGGCCAGAUUGAUGCCAGUGCAUGAUCCACUUUAGGGAUCUGCAUAAAUGAUAAACAGGGUUUUGCAGGAAAAAAAAUAAAUUAUGCUGAUCAAUAUUUAAUGUCUCAACAUUGGGAGGAGCAGAAACACAAUCUAAGGUUUCUCUAUUCCUAAUCUCACCUCCUUUGAGACGUAAUAUUGAUGUUUUUAUGCAGCAUCAUUGGGUUUUAUGAGCCACAUAGUAAUAUUUUAUAAGGGAAUGGUAGUAAAACAUUUUAAAUGUCUAAUGAUCUGCAUGUCUUGUUAUUUAGUAAUAUCUAAGUACUCAAGAGGCAUGUUUGUUGCUAUGUGUUUUAUUUAAUAUUUUUUAAAUUCUAUUUUUUUUUCUCCUGACUUUGUUUUUUUUUUUUUUUAAAUACACAGAUUGUUCUAGUUUUCAUUGGAUUCUUGCAUUGCAGUUUACAACAUGUCUGAUUAUUAUGCUUUAUUUCAAAUCUUUAUUUUUUUCUACUUUUUACUAAAAAUGUACCAUACAUUACUGCACUGACUGUACUGUUAUUUAUGACUUCUGACACACACAGAAGGUUUAGAUAGCUGGAUUGCUUUCGGGUGCCUAUUUCUGGUCUGUGAAAUGUACACAUUUUGACAGCAAUAUAGCACACAAACUACUAACACUAAAUUGUAGCUAAUUAAAAUCCAAAUGGCAAAAUUGAGGCUUGAAUUGUGAAGCUAGAGUCAGUGCAUUAUUACAGAUCAGCUAUUUAUGCCUCAAUUUUAUUACUCCGAUUUGAAUAUGCUACAUUUGUGGGUUUAGUGAAUAAACCACAGUGCAGAUUUUUUUUUAAAGUUUAUUAUGCAGAAUCCACGUUAUUGUGCGAAGGGUUUGUUUUCCUGCUGAAGCAGAUAUUUUAAUGAACUGUAAAAAUAGAAUUUUUAGAUUCUAAGCUUGUUUGUACUGGGCCCCACUUCACUUACUGUUCCAGUAUGUUAAUCAUGUUUUGCUUGAAUGUAGUGUCUGUCUUGUUUACAUGUUGUACAGCGCUGCUGCAUAUGUUAGUGUUAUAUAAAUAAUUGUAAUUUGAAAAAAAUGUUUAUUAAAUACUCACCAUGGAGUGUCCUUGUUUUAGUGGUGACAAAUUUGUAGGAUUUUGUGUACUGUACACUUGUGCUGUUAACACUUAAUGUGGAUAAAGCCUACUUGGUUAUUGUCAUGAAUACACGUAUACCAUUAUAAAGUGUAUAUGCUGUCUCUGACUGCUAACCUUGUUGGUGUACUAUAUGUGUUUUAAUGCCUUUAUGACUGAAAUCUGCAACAUAAUAAUAUAUAGCAAAAUCUGUCUUUCUUUACUAAAAUGCAGGUUGUGAGUGCUAUGAUUAUUGAUUCAUUUUGGUUAUUGUUGCAUCUGAAAGAGGUAUAUUAUUAAGCAUAUAUUUUAUUCGCUGUCAAUGGUUAAAGUUGAUGGCACAUUGCAGGUUUUGGUUUUAAACUUUUUCUUUUGUUCCUCUAUUUCUCAUUGGUUCUUAUUAAUUUUAUUAUUUGUAAUAUGUAUCAUUUUUACUUAUAUACACACACAAACCCCUAGGGUAGGCAACCUUUGGCAUUUUAGAUGUUGUGAACUGUGUGCUGGAGUGCUGAGGGUUGCAUACCACUGACAUAGGGAAUACAUUUUUUUUUUUUUUUUUUUACCCCUCAUGAGGAUUGUGAUACAAUUGAUCAAAAGAAUCCAACGGGAGUACAAACUGCAGACAUCAUGGACAGAGGAGAACAAAAUGGAGGCACUCGGGUGUUGAAAUCCAGCGUAAAGCAGAACCUUUUGUAGAUAAGUGGCAGUGGAGGGAGCAAACUCCCAAAGAUACAAAGGGCAUGAGGGCAUUAUGGGCUGAAAGAAAAAAACAAAAAACAUGGCAGUGCCACUUCAAUGGCCUAUCUAAACAAGUUCACACAAAUCUUGCUUUAAUAUAUAAAAACUAACAGGGUUAUUCACUAAGCUGGGUGUUGACCGGGGAAUAUACAUUUAUAUCCAAGUAGCCAAAUUAGAAAUAAUAUUUAAUCACAGCUAUUUUCGUCAGCUAGUCUGUUUUGACUUAAAGGACCAAUAUAGUGCCAGGAAAACAUACUCGUUUUCCCGACACUAUAGUGCCCUGAGGGUGCACCCACCCUCAGGGUCCCACUCCCGCCAGGCUCUAGGGGGAGGAAGGGGUUAAAUCUACCUCUUUCUCCAGCGCCGAGGUGGGGGACUCUCCUCUUCCUCCAUAGUGACGUCGUCAGCUGAAUGUGCAUGCGCGGCAGGAGCCGCGUGUGCAUUCAGCCAGUCCAUAGGAAAGCAUUCACAAUGCUUUCCUAUGGACACUGGCGUCUUCUCACUGUGAAAAUCACAGUGAGAAGCGGGGAAGCGGCUGUCAAUGAGACAGCCACUAGAGGCUGGAUUAACCCUUUUAUAAACAUAGCAGUUUCUCUUAAAUGGCUAUGUUUACAGAAAAAAGGGUUAAACCUAGCUGGACCUGGCACCCAGACCACUUCAUUAAAGGACCACUAUAGUGCCAGGAAAACAUACUCGUUUUCCUGGCACUAUAGUGCCCUGAGGGUGCCCCCACCCUCAGGGUCCCCCUCCCGCCCAGCUCUGGAAGGGUGAAAGGGGUAAAAACUUACCUUUUUCCAGCGCUGGGCGGAGAGCUCUCCUCCUCCGAUCCUCCUCUUCUCCUCCCCGUCGGCUGAAUGCGCACGCGCGGCAAGAGCUGCGCGCGCAUUCAGCCGGUCACAUAGGAAAGCAUUCAUAAUGCUUUCCUAUGGACGCUGGCGUGCUCUCACUGCGAAAAUCACAGUGAGAAGCACGCAAGCGCCUCUAGUGGCUGUCAAUGAGACAGCCACUAGAGGAAAUAGGGGAAGGCUUAACCCAUUCAUAAACAUAGCAGUUUCUCUGAAACUGCUAUGUUUAUGAAAAAAUGGGUUAACCCUAGCUGGACCUGGCACCCAGACCACUUCAUUAAGCUGAAGUGGUCUGGGUGCCUAGAGUGGUCCUUGAAGCUGAAGUGCUCUGGGUCCCCAUAGUGGUCCUUUAACAUUUGCAAUUUCCUGUUUGGUGAAUAUCCCAGUAAGAUAUGAUUCAAAAGAUAGAAAUUGCAUACAUAUAAAGGGUUACUUUAUGUACAAUAAAAACUUUUGUAUUGUGCAAAGGUUAUGGUGCAGGGAGGACGCUGUACCCGGUAUCUCUGCUGCAAAUCUCAGACGUCAAUAGGAAUCUUCUACUUCUUCUUUUGCCAUCCUAAAUCAACAUGUUCAGUUCCUUUAAGUAUAUACAAAAUAACAAAUGCGCAAAACUGCAUGAAGAAUAGGUUUAGUCAUUCUUGGAACGUUGUCACACUAGUCCUGAACUGUGUACAGUGGGAUAUUACACAAUUCUUCAAGAUGAUUCUGUAACUUUUUGAGUGCUGGAACAGAAAAUCAACUUCACAUUUUUCUCCAGAACAGCAAGUAAAAGUUCAGUGGUGUUUAGAUCUGCUAGUGAUCGAAGUAAUGGGAGGCAUAGACUCCAGCGCGUAUUACGUCAUUCUCAUCCUGUAAUGAGAAAUCUGUCUUGGCAUCUUAAGGUGCAUCUGGUCCUGUAAAAUAGCCUUAUUAAGUGUUCUUGCAUAGCAAGACCACUUAAUGCUAUCUCACAUAUAUAUUAUUCAUAUUAUAGCCAAAUUUACCACCCUAACUCCUCCCACAGUUUUUACACUACAUAGACCGUAAUAGACUGAAACAUGCGGAUUGUUCCUGAUCGGAUUGCUAUUACUUUGUGGAACGUUUCGCCGAAUGGUUCACGGAAUAUCGUCAUUCUUGUGGCGAACUUGGUCCCAUAGGAAUGAAUGGCAAAGCUAGAGUGGGAGCUGGCAAAAGCUGAAAAAUCAGGACAUGAUUUCUAAACUGCCACCACUCCCUCAUUUUCAGGCCCACCUACACAAACCUUAUAUCAAAACGUUCAGCUAUCCCUGCUGACACUAAACAUGUCAACGGCUAAGCCGUAGUCCUGAUUUCACAAUAUGACCAUUUGUUUGCGACUCACGCCGUCCAUUGACAUUCAUUGAAACUCUACUCUACAAGCUCAAACUUGAAGAGCAAUUUCUAAACUGUGACUGUGCCUUCAUUGUUAAUAUUUCAGAGAUAUACUAUGCAUCAAAAUGUAGGUCUGGGUCUUGUGAUUCUCACAAUAUAAAGCUCUUCGCUGUAGGAGUUAUAGUUUUUAAAAUACGACCAUUUGAAGAUGGCAACCGCCAAAAUACUCUGACCUGUGCCAGGCUGGAGCAGCAAGUGAUGUCAUAGACAGGGCCUUUUGUACACCUGCUAAUGUUUUUAUAAAUGUAUGGUUUAAUGUAACUGUGAAGCACUUUGGGCAACAACGUUGCAAUUAAAUGUGCUGUAUAAAUAACUAAUAAGUUACUCUGCCCACUCCAGUUGUAGGCUACUGGUGGAGGCAAGAACACUUCACACAAUUUCCCCAGAAAUUGUAGCUUUUCUAGUAUCUUUUGUUGUUGUUUGCUUGUGCAAAGCAAUCAUCACAGUUAAUGACUCAUUUGAUAUGAAUUCCAGUUGCAUUAUGGAUUCCACACCUUGUUUAAUUUAACACUGUAAUGUUGUCCCUCUGCAUAAAUUGCAAUAAUUAACAUUGCAGGGCUUAGGUGACAGGAGCACUGCUCUCAGACCACUUCAUGACAUGAUGGUCUGGGGCCUAGAGUGUUCAUAUAACUUUUAAUUUUUUUGGCCAAAGGCAUCUUUUGGAUUUCCAAUUUGUCUUGAUGUACAUAAGAACAUACUGUUUUUGAUUGCUUUGGGAUUCAGGCGUUGUGUUUUUGUCCAGGUUAUGUGUCCUUGUGUGUUGACUUUGGAUACGUUCAAUCUGUCGGUGGCAGCCCAGCCAUGCAAUACAGUUUUGUUUUCUAGAUUUAUUUAUUCAUUUUUCCAGGCCAGAGAGGAGCUAAAUCAAUGUUGUUACUUUCUAACUCUACCUACUGUGUUGUUUACUAGUUAUCUUGUGAGAAUGUAAUUAUUCCUGUUAAUUAUUGAAAUGUGACCACUCCUCUCUGCAUAUGAAGUUUGUUCAUCUGUUGUCUGUAAUUUAUAUUUCGAAUUUACAGUUUUUGUUUAGUUUGUGUACUAGCUACUAGGCCUCUUUGACAUUCUUAGUUGCUGUUUGUAUUUUCAAAGUAUCCCGAGGCAAUAUGGUACAUUUUGAACACCUGAUGCAUACUGCCAAUUGGCCAUCAGUUUAAUUUGACUCAUAUUUAUUGAUUUAUUUACCAUUUUCGUUCAGGAAUUAUGAUUUAAAGACAAUGUUAUCUAUUUGAUGCUGAAUGGUUGGCAGCUGUGUGUGAUUACAGCACUCUCAGUAUGUGUAUGUGUGUCUGUAUGUAUUCUAUGCACAGCAUUUAGGUCCUUGUCUAAAAAGAUUAAAGGAACACUAACGUGUAUUCCUAAUGCAAGCCUAUAUUCCUAACGUUUUAGUGUGCGAUUCCGUAUUUUGAUUAAGCUUCUCUAUAUGAAAGAAAAGAAAAAUGUAGAAAGGGGUUUUACUCAUCCAGUUCCUGCGGCUGCCUCAUCUACCUUCUGUGACAUCCCGGACAAGAAGGGAGUGCUGCGCUUGUCCAGUCAAAUGCUUUUCAUAGGGAAUCAGUGAAUCCAAUGCUUUCUUAUAAUCAGCAUUUGAUGAUGUUCAACAUUAAAAGAACACUAUAACGUUAGGAAUACAAAAAUGUAUUCCUAACGUUAUAGAGCCCUAGUCUCCUAAACGGUGACUAGGGCACUGUUCUGUGGCGAAUAAAUGGUUAAUUAAGCAUUGGUUUGCUUACCUUAAUCCAGCGCCAGGCUCCUGCCGCACUGGUGACCUCUCCUCCAUCGACGUGCACUCCCAAGUGGAGCCCAAAGCGCGUGUGCAUUCAAACCCGCCUCUAGGAAAGCAUUACCUAUUGGGAUCUGUUUUGACGCUGGACUCCGUGAGGACGUCCAUCGUCAAAUAAGUGCGAUUUACUCAGUGUAAAUCGCUAGAAGCACCUCUGGUGGCUGUCAAGGAGACAGCCACUAAAGCCUGGAUUAACCCUGCAGUGUAAACAUUGCAGUUUCUCUAAAACUACAGUGUUUUCUAUUGCAAGGUUAAGGGGACAGGAACAAUGCACCCAGACUAAAAUCAGUAAAGUGGUCUGGGUGCCUGUAGUGCCUUUUUAAUCCAUCAUGUCUUUUUGUCACUGCUGUACUCUGGCGCAUGCACAUGACUCAAUUAUAUUUUAUGAGACCAUGAGAUCUUUUCUAGAACUACUAGUACAGGGCACACCUGUGACUAGUAUUGGCUGCUGAAAAUGGACAAAAGCUGGUGGUAGAAGUUUUUCUUUUUUUCCAAUAUUGUAAACCUUAGCUUGGCACAUAAGACAAGUCCCUGCUUUGCCUUUUAUCUUUUGGACACAUUUAGAUAGUGAAUUUUGUCUUUAUGAAAUACUCAGAUAUGACAGACUCUUUAAAGGAACAAAUGUGUAUUCCUAACCCUAUAGUGUUAAAAACACAUUUAAGCCCCCAACCUCACCUUAAAGGAUCACUAUUGGGUCAGGAACACAAAUGUGUAUUCCUGACCCUAUAGUGUUAAAACCACCAUCUAGCCCCCCUGGGCCCAUCAUGCCUCCAUAAAUAUAGCAAAAUCUUACUUUAUUUAAGCCAGAAGCUGUAUCUCUGCAUGCGGUUUGCCUAAAAAACAAAACAAAAAAAACAAGCAGUCUGCUGACAUCAUCAGAAGUGGUAGCGUGAUCCAAUCACAAUGCUUCCCCAUAGGAUUGGCUGAGACUGACAAGGAGGCUGAUCAGGGGCAGAGCCAGCAUGAUUCAAACACAGCCCUGGCCAAUCAGCAUCUCCUCAUAGAGAUGAAUUGAAUCAAUGAAUCUCUAUGAGGAAAGUUCAGUGUCUGCAUGCAUAGGGAGGAGACAGUGAAUGUUUGGAUGCAUUUUAGGCAGCCAUGACCCAGGAAGGAUCUCUAACAGCCAUCUGAGUGGCCAGUGAAGUUAUCACUAGGCUGUAAUGUAAACACUGCAUUUUCUCUGAAAAGACAGUGUUUACAGCAAAAAGCCUGAAGGUAAUGAUUCUACUCACCAGAACAAAUUCAAUAAACUGUAGUUGUUCUGGUGACUAUCGUGUCCUUUUAAAUAAGUAGAAAAUUUAUCUUUUUUAAUACAAUGCAGCUUGGAUCUGCUGACCCUGGGCCUUGUCCCCGAUCCACUUUCUUGGCUGAGAUCACCAGCAUUGGUGAUCUUAGCCUAUCCAGUGCUUUCUCAUGGGGAAUGUUUAGCGUUUUCGGGCAGAGAGUGGAUAUUGUGUAGCACUGACCCAGGAAGCACCUCUAUUGACUGCCACUGGAGGUGUCCCUAGGCAGCAAUGUAAACACUGCAGACUACUCACCAGAACCACUACAUUAAGCUGUAGAUGUUCUGGAGACUGAAGUGUCCCUCUAAGAACCACUGUUAUGUACACAUCCCAAUGUCGGCUUUCCUGUGGCCUAAAAAAAAUAAAUGUGAAAUAGAAUUGUUAUUCUUCUAAAGCGAUUCUACAUAUUUUAGCAUUUUCAUUUAAUUUUCUCAGUUGUUUAUCACAGUGAGAGUUACUGCAUGUUGAUGCUAUGCGAAAGAUGACUUUCUUAGCAUCCCAAUGCUAAACUCUCAUUUAGUUAUUAUUGAGCUUGUCUGUGUUUUCAGGAGUUAUUUGUACAGCCUGUGAUGUAGAACUGUACAGCUUUGUUCCAUUUAUCCAUGUCAAGGGGUACUGCAAUGUUAAUUCUCUUGUUAUGUGGCUGGCUGCCUCUAGCAUACAUGAGUGGAAAAUUAUACCGAGAGAAGAGUAACCGUUUGUUAAAGUGAUAGAUUUUUAUGGCCUGUGGCAAGCUGUUGGAAUAGCAUCUAAAGUGUGAGAUGGAGUCAAGGCCUUCAUCUUGAAAUAUCAGAUCUGCCAUAAACAGUAAUGGAAAGACAUUACAAAUAAUGUAAACUUGCAAUUCUUAUACUAUGUAAAAUCAUUGGACAUUCCGGUGUGUAUUUGGUGAUAAGCCGCUCUUGUUGAUUAUUGGCUUGAUUUAAAAAUGGAUUCUAUACUGUUGAGUCUGUAGUUUAGGUUUGUCAUAUAUUUAUAUCUUUUGGGAACCAACCAGACAUGUUGAUCAAGAUAAAUGUUACUUCUGUCGUGUGGUUUGCUGUAUCCUGUUAGUAUUGUUUUAAAGGAUACUCUAAGCACCAUAACCACUAGGGUGCUCCUGCUGGCGCAUUGCAUCAGUUUACACUCUCAGCCAAUGAAUCAUUUCACAAAAUGAAUGUUGCUAAUGCCACAGUAUAAACAUCUCAUUGGCAUAUCCUCAGAAUGUAAGCUCAUUGAGCAGGGCCCUCCACCUCUCCGUUCCUGUACGUCCAUUGUACAGCGCUACGGAAUCUGAUGGCACUAUAUAAAUAAUAAAAUAAUAUCCUUAUUUACCAGUAAUACCACAGGAGCCUGAGUCAAGUUAAUGUCAAACUGUUCAUAAGCAGUGCAACAGCUUACCAUGGGAUGGCGCCUGGGUAUUCUUGCCACCAUAACUACAUUCACUGCUUUGAGCAAGACUUUGCAAUUACUUUUAUAAAGUAUAAUUUCCAUGUUUAGUGAAUCUACAGCUAUUGUGCAAGAUAAUUAAAUCCUGGUACACCACUCCUUUGAGGCUCAGAGUUGAAAAAGUGGCAUUAUAUGUAGUCAACAUCAGUCAGCAAUAUUUUUGGUAAUAUAUUUUUGUUUAAUACAGACUCUGGUUUCCUCUGUAGUACACACUACUUGUGGGAAGCUGUUCAUUUGCACUUUGCUCCUAUCCUCAAGAGGCCAGGUCUCCAUAAUUUUGCAUUAGCAUAGGUGAUUUAGUUAACAUUGCCAGGAGGUCAAGGAUGAGGGCUGUAGCCUAGGGCAAUUUCUUAUGACAAAUGUUGUUUUCCAGGUUCCAUAACAACGCAGAGUUUCCACAGUAAUCAUGUUUGAGCACAGCUAGAUUCGUCAGAAUGGCAGUGACUGAUAAUCCAGUAUCCUACUCAAACAGAGCUAUGCUUAUGUCUUUUGGGGGAAAACCGAUUUUUAGCACAAAUUCUUGAGGCCCAGGGUUGAUAAAUACAGCCUCUGGGUGUCUCCUACAGACCAUAUUGUAUUCUAGUCUAGUUUCUUAUAUUUUAAGGUUCCAGGUGCAAGUGAAUCUCUUUGUUGUACAUGUAACCGUUGUACUAUAGUGCUAAAUACUUGUGUCCCUCAUUUCUAAGUGAAUGAUUUUCUGUUCCCAUUGAAAAUACUUGUAUUUUUUUUCUUCUUCCCCCACAAAUUUGUCACUUCGGAUGUAUGGGGGGAAAAAGGGUGCUAAUUGAGCCUUUUUAAAUGAAUUUAUUUUAUUUUUUUGGGAGAAAAUUUCCAAUCAUGGUAAGAGCAUUAUUCGGUGCUUUCCUAUGGGGAUGCUGGAGGUCCUCGUGUAUAGCGUGAGGACAUCCAGCGUUGUUUAAAACGCUUUGUAUUCUAAGAACACGGAAGUCCCUCUAGUGGCUGUCUGAUAGACAGCCACUAGAGGAGGACUUAAGCCUACUUCAGAAGGAUAUUGAUAUCUUAGAGAGGGUUCAUGAAUUACAGGAUAACCGUUACAAGGAAAGGUUAAAGGAUCUUAACAUGUAUAGCUUGGCGGAAAGACGAGACAGGGGGGAUAUGAUAGAAACAUUUAAAUACAUAAAGGGAAUCAACACAGUAAAGGAGGAGACUAGGGAGGAGGACAUAGUCUUAAAUUAGAGGGACACAGGUUUAAAAAUAAUAUCCGGAAGUAUUACUUUACUGAGAGGGUAGUGGAUGCAUGGAAUAGCCUUCCAGCUGAAGUGGUAGUGGUUAACACCGUAAAGGAUUUUAAGCAUGCGUGGGAUAGGCAUAAGGCUAUCCUAACUAUAAGAUAAGGCCAGGGACUAAUGAAAGUAUUUAGAAAAUUGGGCGGACUAGAUGGGCCGAAUGGUUCUUAUUUGCCGUCACAUUCUAUGUUUCUAUGUUUAAGGUAAUUAUUGCAGUUUAUAAAAACUGCAAUAAUUACACUUGCAGUGUUAAGGGUGGUGGGAGUUGGCACCCAGACCACUCCAAUGGGCAGAAGUCUGGGUGCCUGGAGUGUCUCUUUAAUAAAUACAACAGUAAGUUUGCCAAUUAAUACCAGAGUAACCGUGUGUGUAGUGUGAGAGAGAGUUUAGGGAGUAGGAUAGGGGCUGUGUUUUGUGGUGGGAAGCAGCUUUUUAUUAUAUUUAUUUUUAUAAUAUUUUAUUUUAAAGUUUAUUCCCCCAUCCAUGUUUCUUACCUGGUCAGGGAAAUGGGUAGUCUUCAACUUUCCCUUGUUAUCUAUAAUUGUUGGUGGAGAGCAAUCUUAAUGUGUGUAGUUUAUACUGUGGUGUGUUUUAUAAAUGGAUUGAGAGCAGAAAUGAAUAAACAUGUAUCUCUUCUUAUUUGGUGGGUAGACCUGAAAUGCCUCUGAGAAUACAUUACUCAUCUGCAUAUACCAUCUGUUGCCAUAGAUGACAUUACAUCAUAAUUUAUCCGCUCUACAGAUAUAGGACAGAGAAAAUCCUUUAUGGUGCUGAAGUGCUUUGCUUAUCUGUUUUCAGUUCUUUUAUUACAGAUUUAAUGUUCUACCACCUUUAUAUGACAUAUUGUGAUAUAGCACAAGGUAAUUGGAUCUGUACGGUAUAUCCUAGGGCAGUGGUAGGCAACCUAUGGCACAUAUGCCAUGCACGACACUCAAGGCUGCCCGAGCCAAACAGGCUCUGGCCUGUCAGGAGUCCCAGUGAAACUUCAGAUAUACGAAAAUGUGGUGAAGGACAUUCCUCAAUUCAUGUAUUGCAGCACUUGUGAAUGGGAAUCCAUACAGUAGUAGAGCAGCUCGCACUUGCUGUUGCAGCUCCUGUCCUUGACCUGUAACUGGCCAGCCUGCUCCCCACUAGAACCCAGGGAAGCCAUCCACACUGCUAGAUAUACACAGAAAUGCAGAAUCACAGCGCACACACAAACAUACACACAAUCUGCACAAACUCAACACCACUAACAAUCUACAUACAUGCACAGAACCCUACAUGCAGCCUCUCACAUUUAAUACCCCAAACAUAUACACACACUACCAAACACACAAUGUUACAAAUCCAUCCCCACUCAAUUACUCAAGCAGCCCUCUUAGCCCACAUUCAUAGGUACACAAUACCACAAACUACUCAUGGACAUAUGCUAUGGGACAUCACAUUAGGUUGCCCACCCCUGUCCUAGGGUAUGUAAAAUGAACCAUCCACUGCUAAUUACAAAAUAAAAAACAAUGUUUAGUAGAUAUACCUCAACUGAAAACAUGCAUGCGUUUAAUUAUGCAUUUUUUUUUUCCAUUGGAGGUAUAUAUAAAAAGAGCUUACAAAAACUGCAGAUAUUCCGCCCAGACUUUCUGUGGCUGUCCAAUCACAGACUUCCCAAUGCAGCUCAAUGAGAAGUCUUUGCGAGGCAGGUGCUCUGGGCAAUUGCUGCCUCUUUAGUUUAGCUCGACUGAGCUAAACAAACCAGGAGGUAACAUCGCCCAUUGUCUGAUUUGAAAGGCAAGGGGGUAUAAGCUUGUAAAUUUAUAAAAGUGUACCUUUUUAUUGAAAUCAGCACUUUUUGCAAAAUGAAAAAAAGGCACACACUCUUCAAUCAUAAAGCAUGCCAGCAAGCUUAAGUGCGUUAGGGGUCUGGAAUGUACCUUUUAAGGUUGAACGUUUAUUUCGAAAUCAAAUUUAUACAACAACUAAUGGCCAUUAUCAGUCAAGAAGAAAUUUACAAAUAACUUUAUAAUUAAAUUAAGUAAAAGUCUCCUACCCUUUCCCCAUCAGCCUGACUGGAAUUAUUUGUAGUUUCAAAGUGCAUCAUAUGUAAAUCAUCAACUUGAGUAAAUUGUGUAGUCUUAGAGAGUAGUUGGUAAAAACUAUUUGUAGACUUGUAGGUCUCAAUGACUUUUAAUAAUGGAUCUAGAAAAUUAAUUUAAGGGGACUGGUAUUGAAGGAAUUAUCCUGAGAUUAGUAAUAAAUCACAAGCCUGAUUUUUUUUAUUUUUUUUUUAAUCACAAACCAAGGUAGGUGAAUGUCAGAUAAAAUUAAUUUGUUCCCAUAACCUCAUUAAAAAAAAACUUGGAGUACUGCAACCGGCCUACCUGGAUAGUGGAAACAAAUCACCCUUUGUAUACAGAGGAGAUCUAAGACUGGAGCAGGGAUGCACCUUUAAAUGAGUCGUGGGGAAGCCCUGCCAACAUUUGUAUUUUUAAAAUAUUUAUGUGGUUAUACCUGCUUUUCUUUUUGUUGCUGUCUUUGAAAGCUAUUAGAUUAAAAGUAUUUUGUAGUGAGAUUCCCCCAUACAUCCCCCAUAUGAGUCUUUAAGAAAAUUGAGUGUAAUUAAUAUUUAAUACUGGCACCUUAGUUUAGCUGACACUGUAUUCCGUUUAUAUUGAAAAUAUUAGAUGAAGAUAGCUUGUGGAGACAUGUUUUACUAUUAAUAACAUACAAAAUAUUGGCCCCAGCAGCACCCUAUAAUGUAUGCAUGUUCAGGUGAGUGCAGCCCUCUUGGUUAUAUAUAGUUAUAUAAAUAGGAUCACACCUUCACAUGUGUAGCUUUUUAGAGUACCUCUAUGCUAAAGAAUGAUGGCUUAUUGCAUCUAUUUUGACACGCAAAAGCAAUAAAUAAAAAAAUGAAAACUUAGAGUAUAUUUUAGUAUGGUAUUUGAGGGUUAUCUGAGGUCUAGCUGGCUCAUUGUCAUUCAUUCUUGCUUAUAACUCUAUUGUGAAAGAAAUAACACAGAAUAUUUUUUGUUUUUCUUGAGACUUGCAAUUAUAAUAUGCUUGUAUAUGGUGGUAUGCAUCUCACAUGUAAGAGGAAACAACAUUUCAAACUGUGUAAUAUUAGUAUACGUGGUUUUUUUUUUGUUUUGUUUUUUAACCAAGACUUUCCUUUCCUUUUAGAAAAACAAAAAACUUUAUGGUAUCUUAAAUGGAAAUAUACAGUUUAUACUUUUUAAUAUAUAUGCCCCCUUAUUCCUUUCUGUGUGAAGCAUUCUACCUCAGUUGCUGACAGUCACUGGGCCUGGUGUCAUGAAUUUUGCUACAGAGUGGCCGUAAUACACAUUUUUUAAUUUGAGGUGGCAGUCUGUAUUAAACACAUGUGCACAGAUAGAAUGAUACCUGUAUUACAAACCCAUGUAAAAUCAUCACUCUGGCUACGGAAAGGAACAUGGUGUUUAUUGAAGAAAAGAGAGAUUUUUGGAAUAGAUAUUGAGUUUCCCUAUUUUUGCAGAACCUAACUGCUAACUAAAAGUUAGUUAUGGAUUGGACUUUUUUUUGACAGUUUUUUUUUUAAAUUUUCUUUUUAAUGUAAAUACUUCAUCAGGCUCUUACAAUGGCAAGUAUGCUUUUGGGAAGGUGCACAGCAGUAAACCACUGGACAGAAAACAGAGUAGUUGAUGAAUGUUUCCAGAACCCUAUAAUGGUUAUUCAGUAUUAUGAAUCCUUUAUAUUACAAUUGUGUGGUGUGGGGUUUUUUUUUUUUUUUUUCUUACUUGGGUCUUAUAGCAGCAGUUUCUAGAAGUGUGACUUUCUAUAGGCUGUUAUGCCCAUACUACAUAGCGAGUAAAUUAGUGGGAGGCGUGUAUACUUUGCAGGAUUUAGAAACCAUGAUUUGACCUUGAUUUUAAUUAAAAAAAUUCUCAUUGCACAUUGAGAGCCACAGCCACUCUCCCAACAUGUUUGUUACGAAAUAGGGGCAGCACUAUAGUUGCUAAUGAUGUAUUGUCAGAUUGCGUAAUGUCAGUUUUAUUGGAUAGUGGGACUCCGUAUAUGUAGCAAAGGUGUGACUACUGCUGUCACGAGAAUAUCAAGAUAUUCAAAUUUAUACUUUUUAAUAUCAAGCUUCUGACUCAGUUUAGUUUUAUUGAUUUUUAGUAUCAUACCAGCCCAGGUGUGUGUUUUAUGUAGCCUGUUACUCAAAGUUAUUAUGAUUUUUUUAUUUUUUAUUUUUAUUUUUUACAACUUUUUAAAGAAUAUGAAAUAACCCGGUGCACUAUAACCACUUUUCUUUUGCAGUGAUUAAGUCUGUGAUAGUGUACACAGUCCUAUCGAACUUAGGCUUGCAAUUAUGCUAGAAUAAUAUGUAUAAUUUUUUUUUAAUGCACAAUUCAAGACCAUGUCAACUCAUUGAUGAUCAUACCUUGAUUGAAAUGUAUGUGAAUAAAAGUGCACCAACACUGUAUGUUAAGACAAUGAAUUGUUACUACUCUUCAGCUCUGAGGUUUGUCAUAAUGUUGGAUGUCAAUUGAGAAUCUAUAAAACUUCUGUGGUUAUCAGCGUGCUAACUUUUUUUUCUACUUUUUUUUUUUUUUGUAGACCUCCUUGAGGGACAUCUUGCCACCAUAGGAUCUUCUACAUGCAAGAGAGAUUAUACCUUUUAUAUAAGCGGAUAUGAAGAGUGAGGUUCCUUCAGAUGCACCGAAGAUACAGGAAAACUUAAAAGGGGUGCUCCUAAACCCUGAGUCUAUUGGGGCAGCCAAGAAUUUUCCAGCAGAGGUGGAGAUGAUUGCUAGCAAGGUGGGCAAUGAGUUCUCACACUUAUGCAGUGACUCUAGUAAACCACAGAGAGACUUGGGUAGCAGUGGACCCGAACAAGAGAAAAACCUUGUGGUGAGGAAAAAGCGAAAAAGCCAGCAGGCUGGCCCUUCUUAUGCUCAAAGCUGUGAGGUUAAGGAAAACCAGAGACUGUUAGAAAUAAGACUAGAGCCUCAAAGUAAUGAAGACAACGAUUCUUCCUUCAGUGAUUGCGUAUCUUCACCUUCAUCUAGCUCUCAUUUUGGAGACUCUGACACUAUGACAUCUGAUGAGGACAAGGACAUUCCUAGGAGAUUCUCUCCUUCAGGGGUUAACACAGCAUCUAGAACUCAAAGUGCAAGGGCUCAGAAGUGGCCCCGUCCUCAGACAGACUCUGUGCCUACUAUGCUUAUGAAGCGGCCUUGUUAUCAAGUGAGCAGUCUACGGAGGUCUGUGCACCGGAAGAGGAUUGUAAAAAAUGGCUCUACUCAGAGGACACAAAAACAAAAAGAACGGAUAUUGAUGCAGAGGAAAAAGAGGGAGGUGUUGGCAAGGCAGAAAUAUGCUUUGCUGCCUAGUUCCAGCAGUUCCAGUGAGAAUGACCUUAGCAGUGAAUCUGCCUCUAGUUCAUCUACCGAAGGAGAGGAGGAUAUAUUUGUCUCUCCGGGGGAAAAUCACCAAAAUGGUACAACACUCCCCUCAGGUAAAAACAUGAAACAUCUCACCUCUUGUGAACACAUCAUAAAUCAAGAGGGAAACUGCUGUAUAUGCUUAUUGGUGGUAAUGUUUAGGUUUGAUCAAUCACUUUGCGCAUGAGUCCUUAUUCCAUUUAGGCACCAUAUUACAUUUACAGGGCUUUAUCUAAUCCCAGUGGUACAGUUGUCAGAAGUUUGACUUAAUGCCUUAAAUGUGUUGUUUGUGUUGCUUUGUGUCCCUUGUAUAACUCUUGUUUUUCCUCUAACCAUUUGCCACCUAUCUAUUGUUGUAAAUUGAGAAGGUGUCGUAGUAUAAAAUGCAGUGCAGUGCUAGAAAUGGUUUUAUUGUUUGUUUUUUUCUCUAAAUGGGAAUUGUGGAGAGCUGACAAGAGAAUUGUGUAUUUUAGGUCAAAAUAGAGAAAUUGGAGUUGCAGUGGCUUUCAUUUCUUGUCUUUUGGCCUAGAAACUUCAGUUCUCAAUAAUUAAUUGGUGGCUGUAUACAUGAUUAGAUGGCCUGUUCACAAAAAAAAUAAAAAUGAUCAAUUUGGCUGAGCAGCUGGUGGUGUCUGGGUGCUACGUUGAGCCCAGGUAUUUGUCCCCCGCGUUUAAUAAAGUAAUUUGCUCACAUUAUUUCCAGUGCCGCGUGGGUUUUCUUUGUGGCUGGCCCCGCUCCGCUUCCUUGGCUGAGAUCACAAAAUUUGAGCUCUCAGCCAAUACAGUGAAGGGGAAAAGGUAUUUGAUCUCCUGGUGAUUUUGAACGUUUGCCAACUGACAAAGAAAUGAUCAGUCUAUAAUUUUAAUGGUAGGUGUAUUUUAACAGUGAGACAGAAGGUAAAGGUAGUGCUCCUAAUCUCAGCUCGUUACCUGUAUUAAAGACACCUGUCCACAGAAGCAAUAAAUCAGAUUUCAAACUCUCCACCAUGGCCAAGAUCAAAGAGCUGUUUAAGGAUGUCAGGGACAAGAUUGUAGACAUACACAAGGGUGGAAUGGGCAACAAGACCAUUGCCAAGCAGCUUGGUGAGAAGGUGACAACAGUUGGUGCGAUUAUUCGCAAAUGGAAGAAACACAAAUUAACUGUCAAUCUCAGUCCGUCUGGUGUUCCAUGCAAGAUCUCACCUCGUGGAAUUUCAAUGAUUAUGAGAACAAUGAGGAAUCGGCUCAGAACUACACAGGAGGAUCUUGUUAAUGAUCGCAAGGCAGCUGGUACCAUAGUCACCAAGAAAACAAUUGGUAACACACUACGCCAUGAAGGACUGGAAUCUUGCAGUGCCUGCAAGGUCCCCCUGCUCAAGAAAGCACAUGUACAGGCCUGCGUGAAGUUUGCCAGUAAACAUCUGAAUGAUUCAGAGGAGAACUGGGUGAAAGUGUUGUGGUCAGACGAGACCAAAAUCGAGCUCUUUGGCUUCAACUCAACUUGCCGUGUUUGGAGCAGGAGGAAUGAUGACCCCAAGAACACCAACCCCACCGUCAAACAUGGAGGUGGAAACAUUAUGCUUUGGGGGUGUUUUUUCUGCUAAAGGGACAGGACAGCUGCACCACAACAAACGGACGAUGGACUGGGCCAUGUACUGUCAAAUCUUGGGUGAGAAACUCCUUCCAUCAGCCAGGGCAUUGAAAAUGGGUCGUGGAUGGGUAUUCCAGCAUGACAAUGACCCAAUACACACAGACAUGGCAAUAAAGGAGUGGCUCAAGAAGAAGCACAUUAAGGUCCUGGAGUGGCCUAGCCAGACCUUAAUCCCACAGAAAAUCUGUGGAGGGAGCUGAAGGUUCGAGUUGCCAACCAUCAGCCUUGAAUAAAUGACUUGUAGAGGAUCUGCAAAGAGGAGUGGGACUAUAUCCCUCCUGAGAUGUGUGCAAACGUGGUGUCCAACUACAUGAAACGUCUGACCUCUGUGAUUGCCAGCAAAUACUUAUUUCAUUCAUUGACAUGCAAAUCAAUUUAUAACUUUUGACAUGCAUUUUUCUGGAUUUUUGUUUUUGUUAUUCUGUCUCUCACUGUUGAAAUACACCUACCAUGAAAAUUUUAGACUGAUCAUUCCUUUGUCAGUGGGCAAACGUUCAAAAUCAGCAGGGGAUCAAAUACUCAAAUACUUUUUUUUUUUCUUUUUUUUUUUUCUCACUGUCGAUAUUAUUACAAGCGUUUACAAAUUUCCCUCAAAACGUUAACUUACUAAAUAACCACAGACAAAUUAAGUCACAGUUACAUGCACAAACCAAAAAGCUGCACAGUCUAAUAUAUGCAUACUAAACCACUUGCCUUAUUAGCCAUAUGCACAAAUUCAUUCACAUAUAUAUAUAUAAGUAGCUACUCACGCAUGCAUUCAGAAAUAACUUGUUUCUUGCCCAUGCUUACACACAUUUAUGCAUAGACACACACUUUCCUGUCUAAUUUCUGCUGCUCAGUCCUGUCAGGAGUGAGUGGAGAUCUGGAGGUCUCUGUCACUGGUGUUUAGUGGUGGUGCAGGCUCUCUCUUUUUUUCCGGCAGGGACUGACUUCUAAAUCCAUUGCUCUGAAGUUUGAUAAUUAUGAGUUAACCACCCGUGCAACUUAUACAUAUUAUAUAGUUCUACCUAUUUAUCACACCUAGUACAUAUAUAUUAUAUAUAUACUAAAUGCAUUAUUACCCGAGACUGUUAAUUAACAAUCCCAUAGCACUGCCAAAAAUAUUUUGAUAUGUCCGUUAAAAUCAAAAUUUAUUUUAUGUACUGUGUUUUUAUCCCUUUUAAAGAGAAUUCAUGCUGUGUAUUGCUAUCUGUAACCACCCACAAGCAUUUCACAGCAAGCAAUGUUCUGUAAUGAUGGAUGAAUUUUGUUUAUAUCUCUUUCAUUGUGCUUUAGAUCUCCUUUGCAGUCACUGGGCCAUAGUAACUAAAGGCUUGUUGGCAUGUUUUCCAUAUACAGCUGGUGCUAGCUCUAUAGAAUCCCCCUUGCCUGACAAUUAGUAGUUUUGUUGCUAUGACUGGCAGUAGAUGGAGCAGAUGGUUUGAUUUGAGUGCUAAACAAUCUCCCCCAAUCAGCAGUUUCUAGCAGCAACACAAUUCCUUAUCUGGCAGUAUUUCUGUUAUGUUUUGCUCAAAAUCAGUAGUCGAUUUCAAUAAGCAAGGCAUUGUGGGGAAGUAAAAGGGACGUUGCACCCUUUAGGCCAAAAUGGACAGUUCCCUUGUGAAAAAAAAAAAUCUCCAACAGUUUUUUUUUUUCCAGCUAGGAUAUUGUGGCAUUAAAUGUUCAAUUCCCAAUCUAGUGAAUAACUGGAAACACAGACACUAACAGACAGAUCCAUCGAUUAACAUCCAGACAGUUUGAGAUCAAACAUAGCUACUACAGCAAGCUAUUGCUUAGAGUGGCCUUUUGCAUAGUGGGAGAUCAAGCAAGUUGCAUUAAUUGCUAUGUGUGAAACCCUUGCAGUAUGUUUUAGCUUGAUGGAGAACAAUGUAGAUCAAUUAUUUUGUUGUCGUAGUGAAGGAAAAUGAUGUUUUAGGUUCUGGUACCUGUAACCAAAUUAACCAAUUUAGUUUGGGCAAAAUCUUUUUUCAUCUGUUCUCAGUAAAUAUGACUGCUGUUUCUUUUCUUUUUUGUAUCGGAUUAAAAUAAAUGUGUUUUAUUAAUAUUUAAUGCCAAAAUGGCAGAUGAUCCACUUUGAAUUUUCCACAUCUUAUUUAUGAUGUACUAUUUUAUUCCUUUAUUAGAAUUUGAUUUGUUUCAGAGAGUUAGACUAUUUCAUUUAUAACAAUAAGUGGUUUCGUCCUUUGACAAGCACCAUCACCUCUACAACUUGCUGUGCUGGUAUUAGUGCACCCCAAUUGUAGGUAGUCAAACUACUUGUUCUAUGUUUCUGGGUGAUGAAUGCUACUGCCGCCCAGGAGCAGUGGGGUGUGCUAUGUGCCGUAGUAAUUAUCACUCUUGGAGUAUUCCUUUAAGCUGAUCACCAGUCCCCUCACCCCCUUCCUCUCCCCCCACUCAACAAAAUUUUGCGUGCUUUCAGGAAUUUAAACAGAUUUCUUCACAAAAGUGUGAAUUGUUAGGAAUGCAAAGUGAAUUUUCAAAUGUAAGGGAUAAAAUAGCAGUUAAAAUAGCAGAGUUUGAAGCAACAUUGAUUUGGAGAAUUAUUUUCCGUUUGGCUGUUAUAGCAUAACUUUGAAUUCCCAAUAUUUAACACUUUAGUGAAUAAUAUUUUAUGUUAGCAAUGUUCGAUUUUUUUUUUAAAAUUAUUUAUUUAUUUUUAUUUUUUUAAGUCCAUUGGAGUCCAGUUUGUAAACCUGCCUUCCAAUAUUCUAUUAAUAGGCACCAUCGAUGAGGACGUUGUAGUCAUCGAAGCUUCAUCAACCCCACAGGUCCCAGCCAACGAAGAAAUCAACGUUACCUCAACUGACAGCGAGGUGGAGAUUGUGACAGUCGGGGAAACAUACAGGUUGAACCAAUUUAUUUUCUUUCCUUUCUCAUUGUUGGCUAGCAAUAUAUUGUAGGUAUAUGUUGCAUUGUUUACAAUUGACCCCUUAAGGACACAUGACGGCAAUAUUCCGUCAUGAUUCCCUUUUAUUCAAGAAGUUGUGUCCUUAAGGGGUUAAAUGGAGCUUCUACGUUUUUAGAUGCAAUAUAUACUUUGGCUAAACAUGUGGCCUGAAAAUAUAUGAAAACACAAUGGAACAUGCAUAUAUUGCAUACAGUAUUGUAAAUAUGGUUUACAUUUCUGGUCUACAGCGUUAAUAUAGAAAUUACUUUGGUGCUGCCAGAAACCUCUCCCUAGCUAUGUAUACUUAAUAGUGUUGUGUUGCUUUUUGCUUUUGUUAUGUUGAGAGCGUGUCAGAAUCCCUUUAAACAGUGCUUGUACUAGAAUUGUGUUGAGUCAGACACUGACAGUUUGGGAUAUGUUAUAGUGUAAACAGGCUCUUGGCUGUUUCACUGGUUCCUGAAAUGUGCUUGUUAUGCACUUCCUUUCAUAACCACAAAGCAAUUGAAAUGUAAGUGUUUUAUCCCUUCACGUGGCAAGUGUGUUUAUUGUAGAGCUUGAAGGGGCAAUCAAAGCACCAAAUUACAUUGUCUUAAGGUGAUUUGGGGGAACUGAUGUUGACCCUGCAGCGUUUUUGAGAAACCGCACUGUUUGCCUUGUGUAAUCACCAUGCCUAUAUUGUCUGUCAGACGGCUACUAAGGGCUUUGGACUAAAAUAAAUUCAGUCAUUUGAUGCAUUUUAUGUCUUGCGUCUUAUGUCUGCACGCGUAGUAUGCCACUGCUAAUCUGUGAGUAGCAAAGGGUUGGCAGGUAUACACUGCAUGUCUGCAGUGCUGGUCUAUGAGAAACAAUUAGUUGGACACAGAUCAUCAAACUUGAUGAUCUCACAGGAAGAGGAUAUGGCUGCAGUGAAGAGGCUGUCCCAAUGCUGGAUGACAUUAGGCCCAGUAAUGCAAACUGAAGAAGACUCCUCCCUGCCCCCCACCCUCUCUCCCUCUCCCCCUUCCCCACCAUACUUAGUUGUUAGAACUUAGGAAUUGUCCGUUCAAAUGUUUCUCAUAGAAAAGUACUGAAGAAAGAUCUCUGUCCAAAGCUUCUUAAUCAGGUGGAUUAUUUUAUUGUCAAUAUGUAUUUUUAUUGAAGACAUUUUUCAGUGGAAAACAGAAAAAAAGUGGGAUUCACAGGGCCCCAGAACACAAGUUAAAAUGUAUCAAAACACGCAAGUCUCUAUAAUUGUGAAUAAGAGUCGUCACUUACCUAGAUAUGUAAUAACAGGUACAUAUGUGUGAAAGACUGGUUUGUAUCACAGGACUGCACAUCCAAUCUAGGGAUUUGUAUUAAAAAACUACAACAAAAACAAACCUACUUUAGGAUUUUUUGUGUUUUUUUAUUUAAACCAUUUACAUGGUGACUAGGUGUAUAAAGCUAUUGUGGACCAAACUUCUUAGUAGGCUCAGUAAAGCACCUUGAUUAGUGUUACAUGUCACAUAAGCUUACAUACAUAAGAUUUAACUCCCACAAGCCUCUGCUAAAAUCUCAGUGAACAUAAUAGGAGUUGUAGUCCUGCAGGAGCAGGCAACUUCUUGAAUUGUAUUUGAUGGGACAUAAAUUCCCAACAGAGUGGCUUGUUAUAAGCUGAUUUUUUUUUCUUUCUUCUAAAGAGUUAAAUUGCUUGAGAGCAGGGCAAUAGGAGGUUGAGUGUGUGUGCGCACGCGCAUAUCACACCCAGCAACGAAUAGGGCAGUUUUAACAGGGUCAUUGCACCAUAACUAUUUCACUAAGAUGAAGUAUCCUAUAUGUAGGGAGUGAAGGUUUGUUUUGCUCAAGUCAUCUUAAACCUUUUGUUUUAAAUAUUUGAAAAAUCUCUUCAGCUCUAUUUUGAUGGCGGAUGUUAACUGAAACUGCUCUCUAAAGAUAUAUUUUUCAAUGUAAUAAUUGUGUUCAGAGCCCUUGGGAUAUUUGAUCUAUCAAAGAGCAACUUGUACAGUGCAGGUUGAAAUUAUAUAUAUGACUAUAUCAGGUGGUCUUUGUGGAGUGCAUUUUUGUUCUUUUUAUAUCUUGGAGAGCGUUUCAGUAAAACACUUUAAUAACUUUUCUCUGAGAUAUUGCAGACUAUCUCCUGUGGGUUGUACCAUUUGCUAAGCUGCUGCACUUUUGCAACUGAUUAAAAAUAUAUACGUUUAAAAAAAAUCAACACGCAGACACUUUAAUUGGGAGCUGUCGGUUCUCUAUAAUUUGCAUCAAUUAAAACAUUAGAAAUCCAAUGAGAAAAAUAUAAGGUUUAGCCAAUGACAAAAUCCUGUUCAGACAAGGCAAAACUAGAAUAACAUUGCAAGUUAAAAGAUUUUGUUUUUUAAUGUAGGAAGAAGUAAACAUAGUAUUAAAAACCCUGGGAAUUGACGGGUCGCUUUAACUGCAUACGUGUAUAUAACUAUUUAUUUUACAGGGCCUGUUUUUUUAACUGCAUUACCCAUGAUUCUCUGCAGCCUUUUCACCUCUACUAUCAUAGACUAACUUAUAUCCGUAUGACAUGCUAACCAGUGCCCCGGUUCUGUUUCAGAUCUCGCUCUUCAGUUGGACACUCUCGAUCUCAUUGGGGCCAAAGCUCAAACUCUCAGUCUGGCAGAUCACAGGAACAGAGGAGUCGCAGUAGGGUCUCCACAGUUAUUCAGCCUUUAAGGCAAAAUGCAACUGAAGUUGUGGACCUGACUGUAGAUGAAGAUGGUAUGUGUUAUUUACUUAUAUAAUGGAAUUUUUAAGGUUAUGAUUUUUAUUUUGUCUUUAAGCUAUUAAGUUCCCCAGUGAUUUCCCUUUACAGUUGUGUAAAGGGGCACUCUAAGCAAUAUAACUGGUUCAGUAGUUUGCUACAAAGAGUUCCCUGGUGCUGUCCUUUUAAAGUGUUUAAUAUAAAACCUUUAAAGUGAACAAGGCACAAAGGGUUCUUGGACGCUAUAAUAGUAGCCAGCACAUACUGUCUAGUGCUGAGGAUUUGAUUAAUAAUUGGGAGAGAGAGACACACAUUAAAUUAAAACCUAUGCAUUAGCUAGCAUUUCUGUUAGCACUAUGUAUGAAAUGUAAUGUUCUGUAAUUGAAGGCCGAGUUGUGUACCAGGACGAUAACACGUUAGGAAUUUUCCUAAUAAGCAGUCCCCAACUCGGCUGUUGGCGAUGCAAAAUGAACACCUUCAAAGUGUCAAUGCAACUUACAUCCAACCGAGACUACACUGAUUUGGUGAGAUUCUGGGAGCAGAUCAGGAAAGCAGUCCCAGCUAAUCAUUCGUAUAGUCUGGAUGAAAUUGACAUUACAAAAUUGAGAAGUGGAGGUAGUCUGUUGGUGGACCCCCCUGUUUUUAUCAAACUUUUUUAUUAAUGUUUUUGAUUCCAAACCAAGAAAUGGCAUUAGAAGUAUCUAAGCAAAAUAACCACUACAGAUUUCAACAGUGGUUGUACUGCCUUGCGUGCACCUUCAAGGGCCUAAGUUUUCAAUCAUGUAGUUUUCCUUCAGCAAUCCAUGCUCUUGUUUAGAUAUGUAGUUUGUUUAUCAUGACCACUACAGUGAUUUGAGGAUGAGUUUUAUUUUAUAGAGGGGGGUGGGGAAGAUCUGCCAUAAAUUGUUACUCUAACAAAAACAGUGUUUUAUAAAAAGGCAGUUUUUUUGGUUGGUGUAACCCUUUAAAGUGACACACCAGACACUAUAACCACAUCAUUGACAUUUUUAUAGUGCCUGCAGUACCUAGACACUCCACCCUCCUGGCUUUUCCUCACAUGAUUUGCAUGUUUCUACUUUUUUCAUUUAUUCAUUUGCCUGCCAUUUGGCAUGCACUGUGUAUAGUUAAAGUUUUGAAAUAAUUACAGCAGGACUUCCUUUAUGUGAUUUUAUUGAAACCUAGGACUCAAAACUUGAAAUUGCCUAGACUUCUUUCUGGGCUUUUGUUUAAAGGGACUCUCCAGUGCCAGGAAAACAAAUCCUGCAGUGCCCCCCUCCCAGCCCCCUUCUUAUGUUGCUGAAGGGGUUAAAAUCCCUUCAUUGACUUACCUGAAUCCAGCGCUCCUUUGGCGCUGGAUAAGGCUCCACGCAUGCUCCUCUGGCGGGGGGGACCUGAUGCGCAUGCUUUCCUAAGGGGAAUCCGGCGACGCUGGAGGUCUCAUGCAUAGCGUGAGGACGUCCAGCGUUGUUUAAAACACUUUUUUCCUGUUUUAAGAAUCCGGAAGUUUCUCUUUUUGGCUGUCUGACAGACAGCCACUAGAGGAGAACUCAACCCUGCAAGGUAAUUAUUGCCGUUUAUAAAAACAGGGUAAAGGGUGAUGGAAGUUGGCACCCAGACCACAUCUGCCUCCUGGAGUGUCCCUUUAAUUGUGUCCUAUUGAUCAGACCCUAAGUGGGGAAUGCCAAAAAUGAACAGCCGCAACCUCUGAUAGAAAAAAAAAAUGCAAAUACUUUUAUUUCUUCAUAGCAUAUUGACAAAUACUAUAAACACACGAAUAACAGCAAAGUAGGGGAACUGUGGGACCAUUGUCUAACAUGUUUCGUGCUCUAAGCACUAAAUCUGAAACUACUACGUUUCCUAAAUAUGGGUCUGGUAGGCUAAUGAAGAUGUUUAUAUAACUUGCACUGUAAUAGCAACAAUAAAAAAACACAAUCCUGAACUUUAGAUAGGUAUUCUGCCUUUCUGUUUUAUAGAUCCCACAGUUGUGCCAACUACCUCUGUCAGAAUGGAGUCCCAGCCUGGCAGCACUGUUUCCAGCAAUACGUCUACCUCAGAGCCGGCCUCUGAAGCUGUUUCAGGAUCGUCUGGGGCUCAGACUUCCAAUGUGCCUGAGACACCCCCAGUCCCUGCAAAUAACAGCACUACAGGCACAACAGCAGGUAAGAUGAGGUUUCUCACCAAUGUUUUAAGCAGCUGCAAACCUGAUCAGAACCAAAUCAGAAAUACACAACUCAGGGAAACAAACUCUUCAAAGGACUUAGGGGAGGGGGGUAUGAAAGCAAAACAGGUACUAUUCAAGGUGCAAAGUACUAAAUAUAGAGACAUUCCAUUGGUUUCCGUGGUGAUAGCUCCUUAUUCAUCUCUGCCUUGGAGUAGCAACUGUAUUUGCCUUGGUAAAUCCCCCGCUCUGAUGUCUUCUGCACAGACUGCCUUCCCAGUAUGUGCUUGAGCAAAUGUGUGUAGAAAGAAUUCUUGGAUUCCACACUUGGCAAUCUCGCUUCACAAAUGCUCGUUUAAGCAUGGCUCUUGUCACCUUUUGUUUUCUUUAAUAUAAAUCACUUGUUUGUAUGUUCUGACAAUGUGUACGCCACUUCAUAAUAUGCAGGUGAUUUAUAAGUAAAAUAGCUUUAUGAUAUGUGCACUUUGAACGGCAAUCACGUCAGCGUUUUUAGUGUUUAUUCAUUUAAUGCCAUAUUGUAGUGAAUUGGAAAAUGUUGGCCAAAAUAGCACACGGUGACUAUAGAGCAGUAGAUGCUAUGGCAAUUCUGUUUUCUUCUUAAUACACUUUGUUGUUUAGUGAAUAAACUCCUUUGAACAAAGCCUAGUGCUUGCCAACAGUGAUUCUUAUUAAACUUUUAAUUUCCUAAGAAGUAAAACGUAAUUCUGUAUCUUAAUAAUAAUUAAAAAAAAACAAGACUGAUGGCAUUGCAAGUGAGUUGCCAAUAGUGAAUUCAAUAAGGUGUUGGAAACAACUGAAUUAAUUCAUAAAACAGCAAGUGUGUCUUUUCACACCUUAUAUGCUGACAGCCGUGAUUAACUAGAAGUAAAAGGACAAAUUGCUGCCAGACCAUGAAUCUAUACCAACAGUCAGUGGGAUACGGCUUUACAAGCAAUUAAUUCCAACUGGGCCGUGUUUGCAUUUAAAUUGGCUCCUUGUGAGCAUACAAAAGCAGACUGAGACAAUGUUUUGUCUAGAAGUGAUUUAUAAAGCUAACUUAAGAAAGAUUUAAGCCCGAUUUGUGCAGCAUUUUGCACACAAGAGCUUUUAAAAUGCUUCUAGAAAUUGAGUUAUUAACUGCAGUGCCAACUGUUGGCAUAUUAAGCCAACGGUAGAGAAAACCAGUAGGUCAAAUAAUGCUGCUUGUUGGGUCAUAUUUCAAUCAAAGCAAUAGAUGCAAAAUUGUUCAAGGAGAACGGGGCAACAGGCUAUAGCACUUGUUUUGCCAGCCACUCUGAACUUUGUAAUGUCAUUAUUUUUUUUUCAUGUUUUACUUACCGGUAUAUAGGUUAGUAAAGGAUUGUUUUGUUUUUUUGUUUUUUUUUCUAUAUUUGAUAUCUGUGUAAUGUAACUUCACAAAAUGUAUUCUAUUAUAUUAAUCAUAGUCUCUUAUUAUAUGCAUAUGCCUUUUGUUAUGUAUACUUUAGAUUUUCAGUUAUUUUGCUUUCCUUUUUAGGUCCUUUCUAUUAAUGUUCACUAUGAAUGUAUAAGCACAGGGACAGCGUACAGCAAAGAUCCUGAGACCUACAUAUUUUGUCACUGUGUGAUAAAUUUCUGGCAACUAUAUGUUGAAGGAACACUCCGGGCACCAUAACAACUUAAUCUCGUCUUACCUUAAAGUGGUUCUGUUGCCUCAAGUUUCCCUUCCUCCUGUUUUCUCUUCUCUUUGUUUGUCAGACUCUUCUUGUCUUCAUUUCUGAAUAGAUCCCUUUUAAACAUAAAACAAAGUAGAGACAAUUUUGUCUUGUGGUUUUCUUACAUUUGGCAGUUUGAUAAAGAGAGGAGCUUACAUUAACUUGCCCUAACCUCCACCCUUUUUUUACAAUUGUCAAGCAUAGGAAAAAUACAUAAGACAAAGCAGUCUCUAUCUUGUCAUGUUUUAAAGCGAAACCGAUCAGAAAUGAAGAAACUGAUUCUGAAAGAGGGAAAAGAAGAGGAAACAAUAGGAGUAAGGGAAGUUUGAGGUGACACUUUAAGUAGUGUACAUGGUGGUUAUCUGCUCUGCUCCUCAAUGUGGGAGCCUUGGAAUGGGCACCAGCAAUAGUCUAAGAGCAUGAGCUGACGCUCUCAGGCUAUCACUAACUUCUCAUUUUAAAAAAUCAACAACAUUUCUUUUGGCAAAGAUGACCCAUUACCUAAAAGCACCAUAACUUAAUUGAGAAGAAAUUUUUAUGAUGCCUUGAGUAUUCUAUUACACAGCAGAUCAACGGCAAACCAUUUAAUAAUAUAAUAAUAUUAAUAUUUAAUAGUAUAAAAUGUAUUGUAAUUUCUCUAGUUUUGUCACAUCCACUAAUUUUAAACUGGUUAUUUUUUUAAUUGACACAUCAAUGUGUAUGAAGGAUGUCCAUUAUAAGGGCUCUUCAAGGAACCAGAAAGAAAUCUUAUUUUUAUUGUAUUGUUCAUAUUGUAGAUGACACCAGGAGGACUACUUCAGGCUCUGCUGUAGAUGGUGGCCCUCCAGCUAUGCCACGUUUGCCAUCUUGUUGCCCCCAACACUCACCAUGUGGUGGAUCGUCUCAAAAUCAUCAUGCCUUGGGACAUCCACACUCAAACUGUUUCCAACCACACAGUCACCAUUUUCCACACCAUCAUCACCACCACCAUCAUAAUUCACACCCAGCUGUUCCUCUUUCUCCUCCUUAUCCGGACUCUCAUUGCCCCGUGGAGAGAAGUGCUCCUGUACCACCACCUUGUGGAGCCACUGGCAGUUCUGCUUCAACCUAUCAUGACCCGGUAAGACACAAUGCUUUCCAAUUCUGAAAUGGAAUGCAGUUAGGCAGUUCACACACCCCCUUAUUAUAGUUAUGUUCAUCAGCUUAUGUAAGGUGACCAUUCCUUUUAUGAAGGAAUUAAUUGUUGAAACAUGAUCUGGUGUACGCUGAUGUUAUCCACCAACCUCUUUUAAAUUGCUUUAUUACAAUCUUUUUAGUUCCAUCCUAUUCUUAUCUUCACAUGCAGACAUAAGAUCUAAAAUGUCAUCAAUAAAAUAAUUUUUAGGGAGUUGAAACUUAGGAAAAAUUGAAUGGAUGCUAAUGUUUUCCUUACAUUAUUUUUAUUGCAGCAAGCCUUACCAGUAGAUCUGAGCAACAAUGGUAUAAGAAGCCAUGGGAGUGUUAGUUUUCAUAGCACCUCUGCGUUUGACCCUUGCUGUCCUGGCUCCUCAUCACGCUCUACCGUUUACGGACACCAGUCCUCAGCCAGUACUGCACAACCCAUAGCAAUUGAUGGAUAUGGAUCCAACAUGGUAGCUCAAGCCCAGCCUCCUCCCCAGACUUCUCUCUCUUCCUGUCGUCAUUACAUGCAUGCUCCAUGUAAGUUAACUUUAUUCUCUCUAUCGAUUGCUCAUUGCUACUUUGACAUUGAAAAUGGCACAUUCUCACUGUUUCUAUUAAAGUAAAGUUUAAAAAAGUAUACAUUGGGAUAUGCGGGGGACCCCACGGAAAUUAAUUUUGAUGGAUUGUAAUUGCUAGAAUAUUACAGCAUAUACAAUAAAUCAAAUGUGUUUAUUUCUGCUAACAGGCUUCUCUCAGCGUCUGCACAGUGCACCUCACCAGCAAAUACUGUGCAUCUGUGGGAGGAUCUACACCCUUCCCCUCAAACUCCCAGCAUUCUAUGCAACAACACUACUGUGUCUUCACACAUGGAUAAAAUAUGCAGUGUUUUGUACACUUAGAGGAUUAAGGGAGCUUCUGGCAGAGGAUAUUCUCGAAGAAUGCCAUGGCAGUUUAAGAAUUGAGAAAGUCUCUCAUAUACCUGAUAAAGCUUGUUACAGCCAACAUUAAAGCCUCCAGUUCCAGGGUUUUUUUGUUUUUCUUUAAACCUAAUGUAUAUCCAAUCAGCACAGAUCUGUGCCACACUGCCUUUUUAUUUCUCCUCUCUUCACUGAUUCCUGUUUGACAUGUUGCCCUCGAGUAGCUUUGUCACACACAUUUUUGCAAUGUAAUUAGUAAUAGGUCCUAAAAUAAUGUAGUCUAUUUUAUAUCUAAGUAAUAUUUCAUAUACAUAUACUUCCUGUACAAGGUUUGAGUUUUUCUUUGUUUUUUUAUUUAUUUAUUUUAUUUCAGAUGCUUCUCUUACAAGGCCUUUGCACCACCAAACUUCAUCUUGCCCUCAUUCACACGCCAAUCCUCCUCCCCAACCUCCACCACCACCUCCUCAGAUGGACUAUGUCAUUGCUCAUCCAGUGCACCCUUUUCAUCCAUCUCUACCAGGCUUAACAUCUGGUCAUCCAGUCCCUCCACCUCCUCCUUCCCAUCACCUUUCAAGUGCAACAGCACCUCUCACCCAGCAUCUCACCACAUCUCACCAAUCCAUGUCCCACCAUAUUUCUGCUGCAGCCCCUGCAACACAGCGGUUGCAUCCACAUGAGGUCAUCCAGAGAAUGGAAGUCCAGCGGCGGCGUUUGAUGCAGCAUCCAACGUAUGUAGUUCUAUCUCUAUCCAAAUAAUUUUUCAACCCAAGUUAUGGAAUUCUAUAAAUGCUUAAAGCAUACAAUCUUUAUGAAAUACAUUGAUUGUGUUGAAAUUUUGCUUAUAUGAACACUAUAGAGUCAGGAACACAAGUAUGUAUUCCUGACCCUGUAGUAUUAAAACCACCAUUAGGUGGCUUGCCCCCUUAAAAGGUAAGAAAAGGUAUCUUAUUUACAGGGCUGCUCAUGAACCCCGGCGCUGGCCCUGCCCCUGAUCCGCCUCCUUGGCUGACAUUGUUGGAAUUGAUGAUCUCGGCCAAUCCAAUGCUUUCCCAUAGGAAAAUCUUGGAUUGGAUGAGAACGUCACGGGGUCGGUUAGGCCAAUCAACUUCUCUUCAUAGAGCUGCAUUAAAUCAGUUAAGCUCUAUGGGGAAAGUUCAGCGUCUCCGUGCACAGAUGAGGAACGAGUGGUCACUGGAGGUAUCCCUUGGGAGCAAUGUAAACACUGCUUUUUCUCUGAAAAGGCAAUGUUUACAGCAAAACGCUUGCUGGGACUGACUAUACUUACCAGAACAACUACAUUAAGCUGUAGUUGUUCUGGUGAGUAUAGUGUCCCUUUAACUUUUUACUUCUAUUCCUUUCAAAAGAACCUCUUUAAGAAAUUAAUGCAUAACUCAUCCUAAAGAUCAAUGCUAUAUUGUAUUGAUUUAGGAGAAUACUUAGUGGCUGACAUGACUUUAUAUAAAUUAACUAGCCAUCUAGGUUCUAUAGGAGGUACAUGCAUGACUGAUAACUUGGAUGAUUAUAUCUAGAGAACAUUUUUGGGGGAAAUGUAAAAAGCCGUCUGUCGGUUUCAUGAUGAUUAUUACAGCUUUCUUAUUUUGACCCACUAUUGCUCUUUGUGCAUAAAUCUUUCACUUUUUAUUAUUUUUUUAUUAAACCGUAAAACAGUUUGUAUGAUGUCUAGGAAUCCACAGUAGAUUUAUCAUUACUAAUAUACAUUACUUGUAUGUUAAUAUGUGUUUGUACUUAAAAAAAACAAACUGCUUUUUUCAGUAAUUUGGAUUUAAGGGCGGUCAUAUAUUUCAGGCGUGCUCAUGAACGGCCACCUCCACACCCACACAGAAUGCACCCCAAUUAUGGACACGGACACCAUAUUCAUGUGCCUCAGACAAUGUCCUCCCACCCUCGCCAGGCUCCUGAGAGAUCGGCUUGGUAAGUCAGCUUUGCCAUGAUGUCCCUUUAAAUAACUGUGGCAGACUUCAGAUUUUUUUAGUUUCACUACUCUAAGGAGCUUGCGUUUCCCUAUAUGAUCACAGCAACAGUGUGACCGUAUUCUCAUAUUCUGCAUCUAAUGGAAUCAAAUACAAAAUCUGUUAUUGAUCAGUUCAGAUUUCCUGAUUUAUGCCCAGAGCUGAAAAAACAUUAAAGGCUAGUGGCAAAAGCCACAUUGCAUUCUAUAAAAAUAACUAUAUAUUUUUUUUUUCUCCUUCAUGUUGAUUGUCCUUCGAAAUCAAACUAUUCAGGGGUUCUGGAUAAUUUAUUCUAAAUGCCAUUUUAAAACUAUAUUGUAAAUGUAAUAUGAACCAGUCACCAGUAAUUUCACAGAUUUGCUUGUUCUCAGGAUUUACAAAUGCUUUUAGUUAGUGAAAGGUUUUAACAACUCAUCACAUUACGGCACAAUAGAAAGUGAUGCAUUGCUGGACAGAAUGGUUCAUGGCAGCAAUGGCUAAUCCUCAUAACCCCAGAAGUUUAAACUUGACUUCCCAUGAUGCUCAUUCAGUUGUCAGAAACAUCUGGCUUGCCAAGAACCACCAUUGCGGCUCUGGUAUUUGCCCAAGCAUCCUUGGCAUUUAAGGUGAAAUAGUGUGGACUGAUUUAUCUCGUAAUUAAAUACUUUUGCCAUCUGUUAACUUGUGUUUGUUUUCAAAAAGGUAGUCAGGCUAUUUUUAUCGACUCUUUAGUGCAAUUUCUGUGACUUACUGGAAAAUGUUAUGCAAUUUUGGCCUUACUGUAUUGAAUAUGCUAAAUCUAAAAGGAAUCUUUUGUUUUGGAUCUUUCAGGGAAAUAGCAAUUGAAACUGGAGUGACAGCAACCCCGUACCAAACUGGUCCCUUACAUCCCCAUCUAGGUCACUACCACCCACCUCCCAGGCUUCAUCACUUGCAGAUCGGGGCCCUUCCAUUAAUGGUAAGAUGUUUAUUCUCUGUGGAAACUGCUGUGUAUUAGUAUAUACAUUUUUUAUUUAUUUAUUUUCUAUGGAACUGUAACUUCCUCUGGAAGUGACAAUUUCUCAUCACCUCACUCCGUUAUCCUGCGGACAAAUACUUCUCAUCCAAGCACUUUCAUGUUCAGGGAGACAUCGCCGCAGGGUACAACAUGCUUGCUCAUGCACUGUUGUGCUUCUGCAGAUAAAUGCUCUAUGAAUGCAUGCAUUCUCACAGGUUGGUGUAUGGGUAUAUGCAGUUAUGCGUACAGUACUAUGGGGGUUAAAUUAAGUAGCAUGCCAGGCUCUGGCUUUACCAGGACGGCUCAUAUGGCAUGUAAACUAAAUAUCAGGAACAAAUAAGAAUUAAAGAAAAUAAAUAAAAAUGCAACCCAGGGAUAACUUUAGUUUAUCAGAUUGUGCAAAACAUUCUCUUGUGACAGUUCCGCUAUAAGAACCAAAAGCCCAGGUUGUGUUCACUACAGUGAGGCCAGUUUGUCCUUACGUUACUUUUUCCCCCCAGUUUACUAAAAUCCUUUGCAUGGUCACAGUAAUAAUGUAUUGGCCCUUUUUUGGUCAAAGUACUUUGAUAAAAUAUAGACUCAUUAAUCCGCACACAAACUUUAAUGCACUUAACAUCUUAAGGACCAAACUUCUGGAAUAAAAGGGAAUCAUGACAUGUCACACAUGUCAUGUGUCCUUAAGGGGUUAAAGGGACUCUAUAGUCCCAGGAAAACAUAUUUCAGUUUUCCUGGCACUGCAGGUUCCUACAGUGCCCUCCUCCCUCCCAUUCCCCAUCCCAUGUUGCUGAAGGGGUUAAAACCCCUUCAGUGACUUACCUGAAUCCAGUGCCGAUGUCCCUCGGAGCUGGGUCAGACUCCGCCCAUGCUCCUCCUUUGCCGACGCCAGCCGGCAGGGGAGACCUAAUGCUCAUGUGCGGCAAUGGGGUUGCCGCGCUUUACACCUCUCCAUAGGAAAGCAUUAUUCAAUGCUUUCCUGUGGGAAUUCUGGCGACGCUGGAGGUCCUUGUGCAUAGUGUGAGGAUGUCAGCGUAGUUUAAAAUACUUUUUGUGUUUUAAGAAGCCAGAAGUCCUUCUAGUGUCUGUCUGAUAGGCAGCCACUAGAAGAGGACUUAACCCUGCAAGGUAAUUAUUGCUGUUUAGAAAAACUGCGAUAAUUACACUUGCAGGGUUAAGGGUGAUGAGAGAUGGCACCCAGACCACUCUAAUGGGCAGAUGUGGUCUGGGUGCCUGGAGUGUCACUUUAACUUUUAACACCAGUGAGUGCUAUAACUUCUUCAUGGCUGGAGGUUGUGAAAAUCCCUUUGUCCUGGCAAGUUAGCUGUAAUUGAGGGGUAAACACCCGUGAAGGCUAAUUGGUCUCAUAAUUGCUAUUUGGCUUUGCAGAUUGUAUCGCCAUAUCAAAAAUCAUAUUUAUUUAGCUCCAAUAGCGCCCUGUGGUACUAGUAUUGUAAACAAGCUGGGCAGUCCCUGUUAGUCCAUGGACUCUAUGUCUCUCUUGUGAUCAGGCAUUGAAUGCUAAUGGUCUGUAUUUUUUCCAGGGAAAUGAUCAAUUAAACAGAAUUUUAUCAUGUCUCAAAUUCACAACCUUUUUUGCUAUAAAAUUGAUCAUGUAUCACUUAAAAAACUCUAGCUGUCUAUCAUUUACUUUAGAAAUGUCUUUUUCAUGGCUGUAUACACAAUAAGGAUCCUGACAGUUUGUAGUUUAUUUUAUAGUAUAAAUCAAAUUCUGUGAGGCAUUAACACUCUGCAUCUGAUUCCAUAGCCUUUUGCAUCGCUGUCUACUUAGCAUGCUUCAGUGUUUGAGGAGCUAGUGUAGGCAAAAGAUGUGUAAAUCUACUGUGCAUUGUAAACUGGUCAGCAUUUGCCUCUUAAUGGUUACUUAGCAUUAUUCAGAUAAUGCCUAACGUUCAACAUUCUGGCAGAUGUAAUGUAGGCCUUGCAAACAUCAAACAACACUGGGCCAAAUGUAGGACCUUGGACGUUCUAAAAUAUUUUACAUGACAUUCUGGGUAAAGAACAUGCAGUUUUGCUCGGUCCCGUAUAAAAGUAUAGUGAUGUAUUAGUAAGCACAAGGUUUUAGCACCUUGCCUCGCGGAGAAUUCCCCCCUCCCCAUAGGUGAACACUUAUUCCUUUAUACUCAGUGAAAAAUAUUAUAAAUGUUCAGCUAUUUGUAAGUAGAUUUUCAAAUCUGUUUGGAAGCGGAUUCUCAAAUAGUUUUCAAUAUCCUAUACUCUUAAGGUAUGCCAUAAAGAUCACAAUUAUGCUCUUACUGUUAAUGUCCCUUCAUUAGUUGUUAGAGUUUUCAAAUUUGGAGAUAUAUAUAGACAAGCUUGAUUAGUCUGACUUGUGAUAUCAUAGUCCAUAAUAAUUUACAACAGUUAUUAUUAACUGGAGGAAAGAAACAUUAUAUUCCUUAGACUCCGGGCCACUGCUCACACCUUCCCUAAUGCACUGAAGAUUGUUUUGACCCUGUAAAGAGUGUAAUGCAGGUUUUGUGCCAGAGUUAUUUUGGUUAUUUGGUUUAUACUGCAACUAAAUGAGUCCCCUAGCUAAUGCUAUAUACAUAACGUGGGUUAUUACUAAAGAAGGUUUAAUAAAAGUUAAAUUAAUUAUGUUUGUGACUUAGAGGGUAGAAGCAAGUGCUCUUUAUCUAGGAAUAUAGUGUAAAAUGGAAUGCUGAUCCCAAUAUAAGUAUUUAAUUUCCUGCUCUAGACCUAGCCGUGCAGUAAUAGUCAGCUACAUACAAUAUUAUUCAGAUAGCAUGAGUAGGGCAGUAGGGGCACAAUGAAGACUGGCCACCAUGAAGAGGGAGGAAGGGCACCUUGGCAGUCACUGGCCACAAUACGGAGGAUGCAAGGGCACCAUGGCAGUCACGACACCAUACAGAGGGAUGGAAGGGCACCAUGGCAGUCACUGGCCACCAUAUGGAGGGAAUAAAGGACACCAUGGCAGUCCCCGGCCAUCAUACGGACAGAUAGAAGGGCACCAUGGCAGUCACUGGAGAACUACUCAUUGUCUUUCCCUGUUCUACACCCAUCUAUUGGAUGAUCACAAAUAUAACCUAAAUCAACCAACUCUAUUUCCCAGCAGCCAUUUUGAGAACAAUAUUUCCUGUGUGAACGCCAUGGUAACCUGUUUCUUACACGAACAUCGUUGUUUAAUACUGUCCAAAAAUUUUGUUUUGUAGAUGCACUAUUCAGGUGUCAUUUCAGUGAAGGACUUAAGUCUAAUGCUUUCUGAUCUUGUAUCAUGUUGUCCCCAUACUGCUUUGAAAGGAUAUGCGUUCAAUAUCUGUUUAACAUAGUUUGUAUUUACCUACUGAAAUGGCUGUCUCUGUAGACGUAAAACCUAUUUUAUCCUAUAAUGACCCUUCUUGAAUGAAUAUCAUCCAUAAUACAAUAUUUCCUUAUCUUUGUCUUUUAGACUGUCUUAUCAAAUUGAAUCAAGUCAUGAUUUUUAUAUGGAUAAAACAGUUAAAAAUUAUAUUCUCAAUAGAUUAUUACUCAUUUCAUAUACCCAAGCAAUAGUAUAUUUAUCGGUUAUUACCACAACUGCUCACAUUUUCUUCUGGAUAUGGGACUAUGUCCCUGAUUGUUUAUGAACAACAGACUGGAAAUAGUACUUGUGUUGACCUUUGAACAUAUCUUUAGGAUAUUGUUGAGCAAAGCUCUCGACUUCACAUAUCUUUUAACUGCUUGCUCGGGAAUGUGAAGAUAAAUUGUUGACCUUGUUAGCAUUCGGGUUCUGAGGCAUUGUGUGUCUUGUUAAAGCUGUAAACGUAGGAGACGACCAGGGAAUGUGACCAUCUCCUAUUUUCAGUAGCUCCAUCCAUCAAUCACCAGUGCCUAACUUGGGUGAUGUUGCCACAGACAUGUUUGCCCCGAGUAUACAAACAGUCUAAUGUAGACCUACAGAGAGUUAUGGGAGGUUUCCUAGUUUCUUUAUCUGAUCUGCCAAUAAAAUGUAAAUGGCAUUGUUUGCCAGUAAUGUUUAACUCCCAAGUUUAUAGUGAAUAUGAUGACCCUUACAGUGACAUUAUACCCACAUUUAUGAUUAUUCUGGUGAUAGUCUUGAGGUUUUACAUUUCUGUCUGUAUGAAGAAAUUGGGCAUUUCCUGCCAGUGGAAGUGUCACACGGUUGCUCUGUGUUUUGUCUGUCUCUGGCGACUAAGAGCUUUGUGAGAUCAUUACCAAGCAGUUGUGAUAAAGUUUAACUUACAUCUGCUAUUUGAAUAGGUUCCAGACAUGGCGGGCUACCCUCACAUCCGCUACAUUUCAUCUGGAUUGGAUGGAAGGUCAUUCAGAGUUCCUUUCAGGGGCAAUUUUGAGGUUUGUAACAGAAUAUAAGAUUUCUGCUGUCAUGUCUUUGGGCAAAGUAUGCUUAGGGGUUUCUACUUUGUUCCAUUCCUAAAUAAAUAAAAAUUUAUUAUUUUUAAAAAUGAACAUCUCGAGUUACAUUUUACUAGUGUUAGAAGAAAACACUGAUCAGAUGCAGAGUGUUAAUAAAUUGUCCUGCAAAAAAAUAGAGGCAAGAGGACAUUUGAACUGACCCAACUUUAGUUUCUGUGGAAUGUGUGCGACUCAAAAAAAUAAACAAAAAGCAAAUCUUGAAACUUUUAGCUUUUUGUGUGCCAGAGCAUUGUUCAGUGAAUUUACAUCUCCCUCUGGUAUCAACGGAUUAAUGCUUACUGUGUAACUUAUUGUUAAUUAAAUCAAGCACACUUAAAUCAUUUUGAUGCAAUUGUGAUCUGUAAGAGUCAAUGUAACAAAAUUCUAGCAUACACUGCUAACAUUAAAUGUCCAUAGAUUUCCACCGUGUGCCUGUUUUUUUACACUGUGAGUGCACUCGCUAAUUAAUGUGCAAUGUAUACAUAACAUGUAUGCCAUUUGAGUUAUCUUAUCCAUCCAGGAUUCCAUUUAGAACUUCCCUUUCCUUAAUGGCCUCAUUCUCAUGGGCAUUAUAAAUCCCAUCAAAUUAUAUGCCCACACUUGUUGGGCCCGCAACCACUGCAUUGGCACUUCAAAACACUAGUUUGCUUGAUCUGCUAAAAUCAAUUCAAUUCUCUUCUGUGAAGAAUUGCCUUAGUAAUAAUACAAUGCAGAAAUGGACCUCUCAUUUUGUUUGCUACUUUCCUUAAUUUUAAUUGGGUUAAAUUCUCAUUUAAGAUUUUAUUUUAUAUAUAAUUUAUUUUUAUUUACCAUUAUUUUAUCAUCUGUGUGCAGUCUAACAUAUGUUCUGCAGCAUUUAGUUCAAUCCUUUUCAUAGAUUAUAGAAUGUAUGUGGCUCUAAUUGCCUCCUUGUUUACAGGAAUUAAUACACCUGGAAGAGCGACUUGGUAAUGUGAAUCGUGGUGCUUCACAGGGAACAAUAGAAAGAUGCACAUAUCCACACAAAUACAAAAAGGUGAGAGUUUUUGUAUUAUUAUUAUUUUAAUGAAAAUGUAGUUGGAUGUUGCCGGUGUCAGCAGCCGUUUUGUUGCACUAUCAUAGCUGAGGGUAGCUUUUCCAAUAACUUUCUUUGUAAAGAGAUAUAAGAAUGGAUGGUCACUGAUUGUUUCUCUUUAGAUUUCUUUGAAUGUUAAGAUAUAGUAAACUAUUAACUAUAAAAGGAUGUGCCAUCCCCCGGUGUAAUAUCAAAUCAUUGAAGGUCCUUCUUGCGACUCAGUUUAUCUUGUUUUUUGUUUUGUUUUUUAUUAUCAAUUUCUUAUACUCUAGUAUCUCAUGUUGUACAAUGAGUAUUUAUAUUAAUGUUCAUUUUAAUUUAAUUUUGUGUAUUUUGCUAUUUUGAAAAAUCUAUAAAAAUCUAUUGUGAAAAAACAUCAAAUCAUUGCGUAAUAUAUAUAAUUUUGAUAUAAACCCUGGUUCCCAUAGACCAGGUGUUCCCAACUCAGUCCUCAAGUACCCCCUACCAGUCCAGGAUUUAGGGAUUACCCUGUUGUGUCUAAAGUGUUUUUUGUUUUCUAAAAACACCUUAGACACAACUGGGUAAUCUCUUAAUCCUGGACUGGUAGGGGGUACUUGAGGACUGGGUUGGAAACCCCUGCCAUAUACCGUCCACAUCAGCGGCACAUUUGUAAUGUAGAAUUUACAGUUAUUUAUUAUCAAUGUCAAUUUCACUAACUUGUGUAACUCUGAUAUUUACAGAUAGCACUGGAUGAGCUAUGCCAACCUACCCACAACACUAUCACCACUGCCCAGGUUGGAUGAAAUUGACACCGAUACUGUAUAAAUGUUAAUUCCGCAUUAUUAAUGUUGCCGAGAUGGAUGCUGUGGGACUGCUAAGAAGUGCUCCAGUUUAUGUCAAACUGUUCCUAAACAGUUUGAUAUUAAACUGUGGGUCAGCACUAGAGCACUCUUGGCAGAGUAACCACCACAGUGAGCUUAGUGGUUAUGUCUCUCAGAUUGACCCUUUAAAUGUGUAUUAAAUGUGCAUUAAAAAGCAACCAAGUAAGCUGACGAGCCAUUGGGGGUUGUCCGAGGACUAUAUUUGAAGCAUGGCACAGUCAUUGUGGAAUCCAGUGGAAUAUUCCUUCUAAUUGCUCCAUUUUUGCAGUGUUGUCUCAGAAUAUCUUUUUAUAGAUAGCUUUCAUUCAUUUGUUUAUUUAAUUCGUACCUGCCAAUUCUUCUAAUUCACAAAAAGGCAUGAUGACAGACUAUCUAAUGCAUGUGAAAAAAUAAUUUUUAAUUUAUUCAAAUAUAUUAUUGGUAAAAAAAAAAAAGUGUAAAAAGAUAUUUCAUGACUAUAAGUUUGUUGGUGCAAGAAUAUUAAGUGAAAAUAGAUCAAUAAGGUAGUGGGUGAUGAUCAGUGUGUAUUGUAAGGCUAUUUCUUUAUUUUUUUGUGUGUAAUGAAUAUAUAAUCUUGUCAAUUUUUAACAUGGAUGGUGAAUAGAGGAGACAUGGAUGAGAUUCGUUUAAUCAAAUAAUAUAUACUCUAUUGUGUGUAUUGCCAAUAGGAUAUACCAUAUUUCAGUAUGUCAUGACUUUUUCACUAAACCAGAAAAAAAUAAUUCUUGUAAAUCUUCUCUGGGUAUUUUUAUUGACAGAAACAGAAUUUGCAUUUUAGCAUCAAUGGAAGAGUAUAGGUGUCGUCCAUCUUUCAGGAUAUGCAAUCAUGUUUAGAAAGCAUUUUGUAUUAUUAGAGGUCUUGUAUACCAGUUCUGUCUUAAUCAUAAUAACCAAACGCUUUACAGCCAAGAAUUCAUAUCAGAUCCUGUAAUGACAAAUGUUAAAAACGAAACAAACCAAAAAAACAUUUAGCAUUUGUAUUUUCAGCCUUGUGGGUACUUUCUGUUGCAGAAAUUAGUAUUUUGGGGGAACUUGAGAAGGAAUCGUGAAAGCAUAAGAGAUGAGCAUUUUGUAUUCUUUUGCAUGACUCAAAUUUCUGUUCAGUUUGACAAUAAUCAUAUCUCUACUAAUAAGGUAUCCACUGAUUGGUUCUCACAGAGAAAACUACACGACAAGCAAGAUGGCGAGGAAGCAACAGAGGAAGACACUGAAGAAAAAUGUACAAUAUGCCUUUCUAUAUUAGAGGAAGGGGAAGAUGUCCGGUAAAUAUACUUAUAGAGAUGUACAUCGUUUUUUGGGGGUAUUUUUAUUACAUUUCUUUUAAGUAUUUUAUUCUGUUGGUGUUAGGUUGAUGAUGAUUUUCUGUGAUGGUUAAAGACUAGUUAAAGAGGCACUCUGAGCAGCAGAAUUACUACAGCUUUGUAUUGUAGUGUUUCUGGGGCAAGGAGACUCUCCCUGCAGUCUGUGCAGUGUUUACAUUGUUGCUUAACGCCUCCUCUAUUGACUUCCACUUGAACAGCCGUUAGCAGGCUUCCUGGUUGCGAUGCAAAGUUUGCCAUUUGCUCUGGAUAGAGAUACAUUGAGUCAAAGCAUGUCUACGAGAAGAUUCUGAUUGGCGCAGUGCUGCUAUUGCCGCACAUGUGCAAUAGGCCUCAUAGGAAACCAUUUUGCUGGCUGAGAUCAUUAGUUUUGAGAUAAUCAAUAUUGUUGAUCUCACUAGUAGAGGAGGGACCACACGGUGACGUGCAUCCAGGAAUAUAAGGUAAGUAACAUGCUUUAUUUUAAUAUUUCAGGGGAGGAAAGGCUUAAUCUAAAUCGCCCCUACAUCACUCUAAUGUUAGGACUAUAUGUUUGUAUUCCAAAUGUCGCUGUUCCUUUAAUUAGCUCAUUAAUUAAAGAUCUUGCUUCAUGCACAUUUGAAAUAAUAAUAUAGUUGCUGAAAGGUCCAAGCUAAAGAACCACAUUACAUUAUUCUAUUUCUCUUUCAGACGCCUCCCGUGUAUGCAUCUCUUCCACCAAGUAUGUGUAGACCAGUGGCUGAUCACAAAUAAGAAGUGCCCCAUUUGUAGAGUGGACAUUGAAGCUCAGCUACCUACGGAAAGUUGACACUUCUCAAUACAGCAUUAUGUAUGCCGCUCACCCCACUCGGUACUGCAGCCAACCAAAGAUGGCAUGACUUAACUGCACAGAAGUGGAAGCAUUAAAUCUGGUCUGCUGGUUCUGCCUCAGUAUACAUCCAAUGCUAUAGACUACCAUUGUAUACAUGUCACAUUUAGGUCCUUUGCUGCUGGCAAGUUCCUUCUGGCAGGGAAGGGUAUAUAUAUAUAUUUAUACUGCUUUUUUUUUUCUCCCCUUAUUUUUUUCUCAGUUUGUUUUUAUGUAUGUAUUUUUUGCAUGGAUUCUUGUAUUGCAUUUCUUUGCACAUAUUAUGGGCUUUGUGAACCCUUAAACUUGCAGGCAAGAUCUAGCUGCUCUAGUUAGUAGAUGGUGAGCGUGAAUGUGAGUGAAUGAAUGAGUGAGCGAGCGCGCGUGUUUUUUUUGUUUUGUUUUUUAACUUUAGUCCCUUGCUAAAUGAACAUAUCAUUUUAUUCAUUACUAACAGUGAAGUCAUUAAUUUAAUCAAUCAUGUAUUUUAGUUUGUAAUGUAUAAAGAUCUAGAAGAGAAAAAAAAUAAAAGCAAGGAAAUAAUGUAUCAAACAUUCCUUAUUUAGGAAAGACUGGCUGCUGUAUAAAAUGAAAGUGCUGAAUCCAAUAACAUUCUUUUUUUAAUGCCGUGAUCACAAUGCUUUCACACUAACCUAGAAUAAAUAUUUGCCACACUGGUUCCAUUCUGUUUCCUUAUAAGUCACUUUCAGCACAGUACAAAUAUAUUUAAAUGUCAAUUUUAAGAAGUUUAAACUGCUGUUCACAAAUAUUUAUUUCCUUUACAGAUGUGAUUUGAUUUGAUUUUUCUCCUUUGCUUCUGUGAAACUGCUCUAACAAUGUGUCCAAUAGCAAGUAGUCAGGUACCUGGUCUUACCAAUGUGGGUAAGAAACAUCAUGGCUAAACCAAACAUUAACUGUAUAGUCUUAAUAGCAGCUGUUAUGGCAGAUGACCAUGCAUCCAGAUCAUUUUUUUUUUUCUUCCCAAAGUUUCUGCAAUCUCCCUCUGGGGGGAGGUAGGGGGGCUCCGAUUUAAUAAACUUAGCUAAAUAUAA